ACAACCCCUCUGUUCCAGCUGAGGACAUGCCCACACACAGCACAGGAUCCACACAGGGUUCUGGAAUUCAGUUUGUAGGAAGGGAGAGAGCAAGCCAGCCUGGCCACCGAGUGUCAGUGCCACUGCCACCCACUGUUACUGCGACCACCAAGGAAGAGCUCCAUCCAGUUGCCUUAACUGCAACCCCAUUGCAGUGCUACAGACCCAGAAUGGCAAUAGUAGAACUGCAUAAGUGCACAGAGGAGAUAGCCCUGCACUGCUUUAAUAGCACAAGUGUCAUCCCACCUCUAUAAUCCUUCCUCUGCCUGAUGAGAUCAGCAUCUGAGACUAAGACAUACUACGUAAUAAAAAGCACACGGGCUUUCCUGUUUCAAAGAACUUGCUUUCAUUUUUUGAUGCAGCUGAUACAGGAAUAUCCUCACUGCUAGACCCUAAUGCCUUGUGCCCUGCUAUGAGCCAAACCUAAAGGAAACAUUCCCCGUGUUCCCAGCAGGGUGCAGUCAGUUGCAGGAGGGCAGGGAGCACAGAAAAUGGGACAAAUGAGGCUAUCCAUAAAACCAUCAUUUGGAGCAACACAUCUGGUCAGGCACUGGGACAGCUGCCCAGGGAGCAGAGGGGUCACCAUCCCUGGAGAUGCUCAGAAAUGUGGGGAUGUGGCACCUGGAGACGUGGUUAUGGACAUGGUGGGGUGGAGGGUUGGGAAGCUGAGAGGUCUUUUCCAGCCUUAAUGGUUAUAAAGGUAAAAAAGCUCAGCCUUCAGUUCCAGGCACAGCAAUGGAAAACACAGUCAAACUAGAAAGUCAUACGGCAGUGUUCUAGCAAAGCAUCUUCUGACACAUCACCACCUUCUUAGGGGAAAUAAGAUGUUCAUUAAAAUAAAAUGAAUCUGAAAAUUCAAUAUAAAGAAAGCCCUUGAUUCAUCCUGCUGCUUUCUAAGUGCACAGGAAAACUCCCACUGACUUCAUGGAAAGUUCUCCAGGGCCCCUUGGCACGGCAGGGUGGGCGGCCGUCACAUUCAGCAUGAGCUAAUGGUGAAUCCUUGGUGCCCCAAGCCCACCAAAGGCAGAGCUUCCAGGUGGCUUAGUAUGCACUGCUAUCAACAGCAUCUCAUCGUUAUCACAUUAAAGAUUGGAAAUGGAAAGCUUAUUUAUGUGUCAGACACAUGCUUCAAACACCCCAGUUCUCCCUUUAAAGCCAUCCCCCUUUUCUAUAGUUAUCAGACAGCAUAAAAAGUCUCUCCCCAUCUUUUUUUACAUUCCCUUUAAGCACUGGCAGAGGCUCCCUUUAAGUUCUGAAGGAAGGGCAGCCCCACCCCGUCCUGUCCCCACACUGCCCCAAUGCCAGGACCCCGCGGGAUUCCCAGCUCUCAGCUCCCCGAGACACCAAUACAAAGAAAAAGGGGAACUCCUGCUCCUCCGCCAACAUAAAAGCAGCGCAGCCCCUACAGCAGCCACCAAUCCCACAUCAGUUUCAUCAGGCAGAGGCAUGGCAGAGCACAGCAUCAGGAGCAGAGCAGCAUGGCUGGGGGUCAGGCACUGGGUGCUGCCGGCUGUGCUCUGCCUCCUGCUGCCAUCCACGUGGGCACUGCCACCUCCUGCCCACAGCCUGGCCAAGGGACUCAACUGCUCCAGGACACUGCUGGCCGCUGCCAACGAGGCACUCCUGCAAGUGCAGAAACAGGGAGUGCUGGGAUUUGAAUGCACCCUUGAAGAAGUUGAUCUUGAAGAUGUCACCAACAGCCAAAUCAACACAAUAAAAUCCUGCACAACUGAGGAUCUGGGGGCUGGAAACUGUCCAGUACUGGAAAGUUCUACUUUAGCUAUGAGCAAAUGCCUGCAGGGGAUCUAUGAAGAUCUGAAAACCUACAGGGCAGAGCUGUGGAACCUCAAGGAUCUGAGGGUGCUGACAUCCAUUAAUGACAUGAUGCAAGUCCUGCAGCCCCGCAGCCCAGCCGUGCCGCAGCCCUCGCCCAGCACCAUCCUUGGCUCCUUCCAGGGCCGCAUGCGGCUCUGCGGGGUCCUGCACGCCUUCUGCCUGCGUGCCGUCACCAUCAGCAGGAUGCUGGGCUACCUGAGUGCCCUCACUGCAGAGACAUAAGAAGAAAAUGCAACAGCACGGCCGUCCUGCUGUACAGUUACUUAUAAACCAUGUUCUGCUGUCAGUGCCUUUGAAGCUAGCGCAUCCAAGUUCUAAACCUGGGGACAAUAAGCUGGAUUGUAUGAGAACGUUCUCAGAUCGCCGAAUGCUCAGCUGUUAUAGUGUUUUAUUUAUUCAAUUGUAAGUUCCUGAAAUGGAUAUUUAUGAUAAUCCUGGUUUAUUUAUGAUGAUGCUCCUUAUUUAUUCUAUUUAUUGCCUAAUAAAAUUGAAGUUCACAUAAAAGCUGCAGUGACCUUUUUUUUGUUGUUCCUUGAGAUAUCACACACUUCAAGGAACACAAUGUAUUCCAUCCUAUUAAUAGGACAGAAUCACAUUGAUCAGACUUCUAAUGUAUUUUGUAUUCACAGAAUCAUUAUGGUUGGAAAAGAGCUCUCAGAUCCCCAGUGCAACCCCAGCCCACCCCACCAUGUCCACAUCCCUCAGUUCUGCCACAUGCCACAUCCCCACGGUUCUGAACACCCCCAGGAAAAGUGCUUGACCACUCUUCGGAGAAGAAACAUUUCCUAAUCCCCAACCUGCUCUCAAAUAAGCAGAAUACCACAGCACCACUCAGCACUGGGGUCUAGAAUUCCCAUUUUCCUCGUUCCUCACAUCAGCUGUGCUCCUUGUGGCUUUGACUCUCCAGGGGGCUUUUGUAUCAGGUGUGUUCAAGUUGCCAGGUGCUGCCUGACAGGCACAUUUUGAGAGCAAAAGGUUUCAGUUAGGAAGCAAAAUCAGCUAGCUUUGCAAUAAGUGCCCCUUCAGAACUAUUUUUUGUUUGUUUGUUGCUGGAGUCACAUCAAAACAACAGGCUGAAAUUGGGUGUGCAGACAACAAAACCUCUUGUUGAUGACAACUUACCUCCAUCCACCACAGCUAAUAUCUGAUCCCUGCUGUGCCAGGCAGGCAGCUGGGCACAGCCUUUCCUUUCCAUCUGUUCCAUUGCAGGAAAAGUCUUCCUCUCUUCUUGCAAACCCAUUUGACGUUAUGUGUUUGGAGAGAUUCAUAUUUAAGAACCUAGCUAAGAAAUAACCACUGAGGAUAUGCAAACAUCCCUGUUCUCAGUGCCAUAAUUCAGAAGAAAUUAACUAAUUGGGUAGUGAGCUUAGAAAGGUAAGGCAUCAUACCCUCCAACUAAAGCAUUUGGAGUUGUGAUUUACUAUCUGCACUCACAAGAACUACUUGCUAGUGGUAAAACUAGCAUUGAUAUUCUGGGAAAUGUAUCCCCUUAAUGCCCUCUUUUAUGAGAUAAAUUGUUUCAUUCUUUAAUAGGGCAAUGCUUAAUGUCACCUGCAUUUUUAUUAGUAGUGGCUGGUGUUGCACAUGGAGAACGACAGCUGUUUAAUCACUUCUUAGCAUACAGAGAGAACCCCCUGUCAUUUUGAAACAAAAACUGAGGCUUCAGUUGAAAACCCAGGGAGAGAUGCUGAGACAAGCACCCUCCCACUCCUUCUUCCAAGAUCACCACUGCUCUGCUUGCUGACACAGGGUCUCUCACCAAAAAAAAAUGCAUAGAGAAAGCAGCAGCUGACUUGAAAUGCUGUAAGAGAAGUGAAAACUUCAGCAGCAAUGAGAAGAACCACUGAGCAGCAGGAGUCUGUCUGGAGAGAUGGGGACACUGGCAUCGCCCUGGCUGCUGUGGGGAGGAUGCCUUAGGUUGGAAGGGACCUUAAAACCCAUCCCAUUCCAAACCCAUGCUGUGGGCUGGUUGUCCCCAGCCAGCUCAGCUGCCCAGGGCCCCAACCAGCCCAGCCCUGAGCACCCCCAGCUCCUCUGGGCAAGGCACCCUGUGUCCCUGAUGGCAAUUCUCAUUUGCUCGCCUCAGAGAGAAGAGCCAAGGGCAGCUCCACAACGUGUUCCUGUGUCCCAGUGUGUGUCCCCUAAGUCCUACAGCAGCAGAAGAGCCCACAAGGGAUGCACACAUCCCCAGGAAAAGGCCUGACCAGAAACAACAUUUGACCAAGGAGAGGAGCACAAAGGGGUGAGAAGAUGGCAUGUGACAUACAAGCAGCAGACAGC